CCCGACUCAAGCGCAAACAGCAAACACCCCGCCGCUAAGACAACCGGCGAUUUUCCAGCAGUUAGAGUCAGUCGGAACUCGGACGCAGCCGACUGUCAGUGCGCGUGCGUUGCCCCGCUCCAGUGAUUCUGUGACAGUGACAAGAAUAACCCCCAACAUGACUAAAUACGUCACAGUCGCGUUAAUUCUUUGUGCGUGCGCGUUACUCACAACGGCACAGUUCAACCACCUUGGUCUUGGUUUCUCAGACGGUUACCUCGCGACCAACUUUGGACCUCCGAGUUUAAAUGCUUUAUCAGCGGCAGCUGCUAGAGAUCCAAGGGCUAACACAGGCCCAGUAGUGUUCCCACCUUCGCCCCCCGGCGACCCCUCUCAGACCAGCGGAGUAGUCCCUGGUGCAUCGGGUUAUGGCUUCCAGCCCCCGAGCCCACAAGGCUCAGGUGUCCCAAGAUAUUUCUACCGAGGUUUCUACAGAAGAAGAUAAAUUAUAUAAAAUAUACAUAAAUGAUAUAAACAUAUUAAUUAAAUCCACAUGUACCUACUCUAUGUAUUAUAUUAGCUUUCAUGUUUGUACAGUUGCAUUCCG